AUGACCAAAACUGUAAUUAUCCUUGAAUUAACUUGCCCAUGCGAAGAGAACAUGGAGACUUGGCAUGGAGUUAAGGUUGAUAAAUACUCGUCACUUUGUUCCGUCAUGAGAUUAAACAAUUGGUCUGUACAUUUCUUUGCUGUUGAAGUAGGAGCUAGGGGAUUUUGUUCCGAAACAAUUCAUCCUGGUAGGGAUCCACAGCAUACCCCUCAAUUGAUACCAACUGUUUCAAAGAAAUCAUCCAAGUCACAAGCAACUUCGACCACUAGCUUUAAGGACACGAAUCCCCAGGGCAUAACAAAGAGCUCCACUACUUUGCCUGCACAGGAAUCACUAGGCAGCAACAGCGGCUUGCUAAAUUUGGGCAACACAUGUUACAUCAAUUCCAUCUUGCAAUGUUUUUAUGUGUUACCCGCAGUCGCCACAGCCAUCUCUGCAAAUGAUUCCAAUAUGGCGAUAGGUAAUAGUUUUGUGAGUAUUCUACACAAACUAUCCUCCUCCAAGGUUACAGUAAACACUUCUUCAUUUCUAAAUGCAUUAAAAGGCCAUGUUUCUAAUGCAAGGGGUGCUGCUUUUAAUCCGUUCUCUCAGCAAGAUGCCCUAGAGAUUCUUGAGUAUCUCAUACCAGAGUUGUCCUUAGCCUUUCCUUUCUUUGGUAUAUUAUUCAACACUCGUGUGAAAAUAUGCACUACUUGCGGCGCUUGCAAUAAUAUUAGCACCUCUGAGCAAGUAAGUCCAUUUCUUAAACUGCCCUUGACAUCGACUGUACAAUCUUCAAUAGAUAACUUUUUGGAGAGCGAAGAAUUGUCAGGUGUCAACUCCUACAUCUGUCACUACUGCAAUAGUUACCAAACUGCAACAGUUGAAAAAGAGGUUGCAGAAUGCAGUUCAAUUUUGGUUCUGCAAUUAACGCGCUUUGCCUAUACCAAAGGUCUUGUGUCAAAGUGGUUUUAUUGCAACGACGGAGCAGUGGUCUCUUGCAAACAAGGCUUGCUAAAUGGUGUACAACCUUACAUCCUUUUCCUUGAAGAGCUCAGUCUUGUCCUUAAAGAGUGA